AUGACUUCGAAAGCAGCUGUGGGGGCAGCGGAAGGCCUCGCGCGGGCAGCGCCCUUCCGUCUCGGCGAGAAAGCAGUCUACCUACCAAACCAUGUCGUAGCCUUCGUCCGCCCCAAAGAGGGCCAGCCGCCCACGAUGGCGACGUUCAACGUGCCACUAUCCUUCAACAAGCUCGACUUCCGGGACUACCUGUGGAACGUGUACAACGUCGAGGUGCGGUCGGUGCGGUCCUUCGUCAACCAGAUGCGGCCGCGGCAGCGGCAGUACGGCAACACCCAGGGCGGCAAGUGGUACCGGCCCCGGAGCCAGAAGAUGAUGAUCGCGGACCUGGCGCGCCCCUUCGUGUGGCCCGAGGCGCCCGAGGACUUUUCCCCCUGGGACAAGCUCAUGUUCGACGCCGUCGAGGCCGAGCACAUGAAGGGCAUGGAGGCGCAGUUCGCCCGCGCGAAGGGCAUCCCAGGGCUGAGGGACGAGAUGGGGGUUAGCCCGGACAGGAGGAAGCUGCGGACGCAGGCUGAGAAGCUGCUGGCUGGGAAGGGCAAGUGGAAGCCCGGCCAGCCGCUGGGGCCGGCGUGGGUUGAAAUUGAUGAGGCCGAGGAGGUCGAGGGGUCCCAAACGGCUCAUGCGGCGGAAGGGGAUGCAAAACCUUGA